AUGGCCAAAGUGUACCAGCGCGAGAGCCUCGGCCCUCGCAAGCGGGCGCAGAAGAAGCUCGCCGUGACACGAUGCCGGGCGGUGUCUGCCCGCCCAAUGCGCAAUGGGUGGCAGGUGCCUCUGGCUGUGGGAUUCUGCUGUGGUAUGCCUCACGGCUGCGACUGGCCGGCGCCUCGGCGCGUCAGCUCGGCUUGGCGCAGCGAUCGUGGCCAGCGCAACUCGCCUGGACUCAACGCUCAGCCAGGAGCUCCCGCACGCGCCUUUGCGAGUCAUGGCGCAUGCAACGCGCAGCAAUGCUCGCUCGCCUCGCCUCGCGCAAAUGCGACCGUCCUCGCAGCCGACAGUCCACCGCCUGCUAAAGAAGCACAGCGACAAUGCGGCAGCGGCGACGCAUGGCAGGCUGGUCAUGUCUCAUGA